AGUCGCAAUAACUUCUCGCAAUUGAACCGAUGUUCAGGAGGAGAGGCAGUAAUAGCGUGUGCUAUCUGUGUAGCCUCUUCUACACUACACGUAGUUCAACAGCCGAGAAACCAUACAUGUAUUAUCUACAAUAGGUGAUUCAAUCAGUACAAUUUCUCAGAGAGACAACAACUUUUAUCAGAAGAGUAAGAGAAGAAGCUAAGCUGAAUCACUGAAGUAGAUGAUCAAAUCUUAUUCCCAACCCAUCA